UUUUCAAGUAGUUUUUUAAAUUUUUUGGAUGUUUUUGUUCGAUGUUUUGGAAUGUUUUUGUUGAUGUUUUUGGAUGUUGUUGUCCAUUUUUUUGGAGGUUUUGUUCAUGUUUUUAGGAAUAUUUUUAGAUGUUUUUGUUGAUGUUUUUCGGAAUAUUUUUAUGGGUAGAUGUUUUUAUGGGUACGUUUUAAUGUUUUUGUCUAUGCUUGUGUGAAUGUUUUCUUGUAUGUUUUUAGAAUGUUUUCAUGCGUAUUUGUUGUGAAAUGUUUUUGUGAAUGUUUCAUAGUUGUUUGCUGAAUGUUUUGUGUCCAAUGUUUUUGUUAUAUGUAAAAACUGAUAAUGUAAUUAUGCAAAAUUUCCUCUCUGCUGCUGUUGCUGCCUCACAACAGCAACAACAAACAAUUGGUAUUAAUUCAAAUAACAAUACUAACAAUAAUCCACCAGAUACUCCAACAAAUUUUGAUGGAAGAAAAUCGACACCUUUAAAUGAACAUCAUUUUCGUACUUUAGGGACAACAACAUUGUUAACAACAAAACUUGAAAAUGUUGUUAGUCCAACAUUACAACAACAGCAACAACAACAUUUAAACUUUAAUUUUACACCUUCUUCUGUUUCCUUAGCUAUACAGCAACAAGGUGUUCCAACAUCUAUGUCUGUUGCAAACAAUGUUUUUGUUGAUGUUUCUUCUUCGUCUUCUGCUUCUUUUGUAAACAGUAGCAAUGUUUCCAACAAUGUUUCUACGAACAUGUUUGGAGAAAACAUCGAUAAAAACAAACAAAACAAUCAAAACAACAUGAAUAUUUCUACAAACAUUUCGACAAACAUUUCCUCAAACAUUUCGACAAACAUUUCCUCAAACAUUUCCUCAAACAUUUAUGGGGGCAACAACAACAACAAAAACACCAAUAAAAACAUUGUUGUUAAUAAAAACAUUUCCAACUUUUUUUCUUCUGAUGUUUUGAACAACAACAACAACAAUUCUUCUUUUUCAUCAAAACAUCAACAAAAACAACAAACAUCAACAACAACAUUAUCAACAUCUCCCCCAUUUAUUUCUUUAAAUUUGCCUCCAAACACUUGUUGUAAUCCUCCACCAACAAAUGUUGUUGUAAAAGUUGAAAGUAAACAACCUUUAAUACAACAAAAACAACAACAACAAACACAACAACAACAACGUCAAUAG